GACCGUACCUUUAGGGACACACGGUGUCUGCUGGUAAUGUGGUGCGUGUAUUUGAGGUUAUGUUCCUCGCCGUCGCAUUUUGAACGAGUAGCCAAACUGGCCCGAUUCCUAUCAGAGAUCAGCCGUAUUAUGCGAGACAAUGCGAUACUCCUCCAGUAAGUCGCACUGGCAAUGACGUAAGCGUAAUCCAAGUGAGUCAUGUGCACACUUAAAGCAUGGUUGUCACACAACGAAAAAUGAAGCAGAUUGCACUCUUCGCGGUUUGUGUAUUAUUAGUACUCGGCUUCUACAAAACUCUGGUGAAUACGGAAGAGGAGCACUCCUUUAUUCGCAGUCGAAUCCACAGAUUGGAUAAAGUAAGCAGAGACAAAGACGAUCUAGAUGAUAAGAACGUUAUCGCGACUCAACAGAUACACAAUGUCGACGAGGAAGACGGAGACAUCAAGACCAUCGAGGAGGCCAAGAUGCGUAUCCGUGAAAUGGAGGGCAAGCUGCAGCAUCUGGAGGCUGCGAUCGAGAACCGGGUGUCGAAGGACUUCCCGACAGUGAAGUUCCUCAAUUACAAGAACCGAAAACGAAUUUUGGUGACGGGCGGCGCGGGUUUUGUCGGCUCUCACCUGGUCGAUCGUUUGAUGCUAGCCGGGCACGAGGUCAUAGUCGUCGACAACUUUUUCACCGGUAGAAAGCGCAACGUAGAGCACUGGGUCGGUCAUGAGAACUUUGAGCUGGUGCACCACGACAUCGUGAGACCGUUGUAUCUGGAGGUUGAUGAGAUCUAUCAUCUCGCUAGUCCGGCCAGCCCACCGCACUAUAUGCUGAAUCCUGUGAAAACGAUCAAGACGAACACGUUAGGCACUAUAAACAUGCUGGGACUUGCGAAACGAGUGGGCGCGCGAGUGUUGAUCGCGAGCACGUCGGAAAUUUAUGGAGACCCCACUGAGCACCCGCAAGUGGAAACUUACUGGGGUCACGUGAAUCCAAUCGGCCCACGAGCAUGUUACGACGAAGGCAAGCGCGUCGCCGAGACUUUGAGCUACGCUUACAUGAGACAAGAAGGCGUCUCCGUCCGAGUCGCGCGAAUCUUCAACACUUUCGGACCUAGAAUGCACAUGAACGACGGUCGCGUCGUGUCCAACUUCAUUCUCCAAGCCUUGCAAAACGAAUCGCUCACGAUCUAUGGUAGCGGGAAGCAGACGCGAUCGUUUCAAUACGUCUCUGACCUGGUGGACGGAUUAGUGGCCCUAAUGGCAUCUAAUUACACCUUGCCUGUGAACAUUGGAAACCCCGUGGAGCACACGAUCGAAAAAUUCGCGCGUAUAAUAAAAGACUUGGUGGGCGCCACCAGCGAGAUAGUGGAACUCGCGGCGGUCGAGGACGAUCCGCAGAGAAGAAGACCGGACAUUAGCAGAGCUAAGAAGUACUUGAACUGGGAGCCGAAGAUCCCGCUGGCUGAAGGCCUCAAGAGGACAAUAGUAUACUUCGCUAAAGAGUUACGAAGGACAGAACAUUCUCAGAAAAGUAGCUUUAAGCAGUCCUCUUACAAAAACGAUCACGACAUAGUAGAGCAGCUUUAAGGGGGUCAAAUGUAACACAUGAUAUGUUUAUUGAUGUAUCCACUUUCAGAAGUGGCGUGAAAGUGCCAUUAAGCUAUGGACCAGUAUGUGCCAAAAUAUCCCCGUCCAACUUGAAUUUUACAUAAUUUAUACAUACGGCAAUGGGUAUAUAUACAUACAUAUAUAUAUAUAUAUGUGUAUAUAUUUCUCAUACAAUACGGUUACUAUAUAGACCAGUUUCGAGCCGUUUUUCCUACCGCAUACGCGCCGUGUGUCCUUCGUGUAGAGAAGUAACGAUCCAAAUGUACACGUCUGUUUUCUUCUCUACCUCACUUCCCAUGACUAUGCACUUCAUUUUAGCAACAUUUCGCGUUUUAAAUGUUCUAUUUAUUUUAUUUUUCUCACACGCGUACGCGCGCGCUCGCACAUGCAGCCUGUAAAUAAGCGACGUCUCCGUCGUCACUCCUCCGAUGCACGGAUAUUACGUUAGAGAAUAUUUGUUCUUUUCCACACCGCACCUGUACGUAUAAUUUUCACACGGGAAUGAAAGAAGGUGGUCGAUGUGGUGGUGUAUGUGAGAGAACACUGUCUCGCGUUCUUGUCACGAGAGAUCGUGUGUUGAUCUGGAUGUAAUAAAGUAAUUUCGCGCUCAGCUUUUAACAUGUAGAGAUAUUUGCGUAUGACUGCGAAACGUCAUUCGAGCUUUCCAUUCGUCUCUUGUAGUCGCGUGAUAGUGAUAUUACUGAGUACGUACUUGCAACCUAUAAAGAUCUAAGAAAUGUUUAUUACUACCUAAGUUACUUAAAUGUAGCAAUAACGAGGGAGGGAAGAGGGGGCAAAAAGUCUCGAAAUGUCAUCGAAAUGCUCGAUACCGGUGAAAUAAUGUUUAUACUUUAUAAAUAAUGGUAUAUCGCAGUUGCGUUGUGUACAAUAUGUUACGUUUUGUAAUUAUUAUGUUAUAUACAUUCAU